AGGUUGAAAUGGCUUCAAAGGGCAAAUCUGUGAGAAAUGAGGCUGGCCCGAGCAACCCCAAGCGGGCUAGGAACAACAAGGCACCCGCGGCCUCCUCCACCAUCUUGCCGGCUAUUCGGUUUGUGAACACUCAAUGCUACGAGCGUUACCUAGAGUCCCGGGACAACGACUUUGUGAUUGAAAAGACAAUCUCAGCACCUAUUGAUCACGAGUUCCAGCUCACCGCGGCCUUCGCCAAUAUCAAUUGGGAACCAGUGCUACAUCUCCAAGGCACCUUCUAUCCGGAACUCGUAAAGGAGUUCUUCGCAAAUGUUGAAAGGAAUUACGCUCAAAAGAUGAUUUAGAGCCGAGUCAAAGGGGUCAAAAUUACUAUCACCAAUGACCUCUUGAGCUCUCAAUUUCACAUCACCAAGUUCGGCACCCCUUUCGCUCCUUCCCAAGCCGGAACAAUGAAUAGUGAUGGGAACUACAACCCCAUGGAUGCUAUGCAAUAUUUUGGGUUGCAAGGACUUGAUCUAAUGACGAAGAACCUUGGCCAACCACACAUCCGGACCCGGCUUUUGAUGUACUUCUACUCGUUCAACGUCAUGCCGAGAGCGAGCAUCUACAACAAAAUCCGAAGUGUCGACCUCUACUUUGCAUAUAGGAUGCACACCGGGCUUGAUCCUCAUGAAGGGAUUCCUCUCUCGGGCAUCAUCAUCAAGCAAUUAUGGAGCGCGGUCUUAAGCAACAAUCAAGAUAAGGCCUUCAUUUUCCCUAUUUUGCUCUCUAAGAUUUUUCAACAUUUUGGUGUUAGUUUUAGAGGAGAAGAAGAACGGGAGAUGCACGCCGUGCUUGAUGAUAGUGUCAUGACCCACCUCCGCUAUUUCCAACCGCCGCACGGAGGACCAUGGAGGUGUGUGGCGAAAUUCCAUAGAGUUGUACCGGAGGAGAAUGAAAAAGAGAUGAUGGAAGGUGGGGAACCCGCGAGAGGCCAUGAGGAGCACCAUGAAGAGGCAACUCACGUCCCCCAAGCCGGAGCUCCUUACGACAUGGACUACUUGACUGAGCAAUUUGGUCAAAUCCGCACGGAGCUUGCGGUGCAUAGACGGGACUUGAGAGAUCAACGCCACGCUAUCCAAGGAAUGGGGAGUCAUUUGUGGAACAUGAACUACUAUUGUCAAGAGCUGGGGAGACAUUUCAACAUACCACCACCGCCGCCCUACGAUCCAAACUUCUUUUUCCCUUCCCGAGAAGAGGGAGAUGAGAACGAUGAGUAAAGUUGACAACAAAAGGGAAGUGUACUAAAACAAUUCUUAUCUAGUCUUGCUCAAACUCCAGUUUGUUGUUAAUUUGACUCUAAUGUUGUCUUUGUGCUAUGUGUGUUUAAUCUUGCUUUGAUUGCUCUUUGUGAUCCACAUUGAGACAUUGUGAAACAAGUGUGGGGGGUGGUCUUUUAACUUCUAAAUUGCAGGAUUUUUUCUCCUUAAUUUGUUCACUUUUGGUCUAUAUUUAUUCAAAAAUAUUUUAGCAAAACCCUUGUCCUCCAAAAAAAAAUUCAAAAGAAUUUUUCUUAAGGUUUUGACUUAAUAAUUCUACAAAAAAAAAGUUUUAAAUUUGCUUGAGGACAAGCAAAGCUCAAGUGUGGGGGUAUUUGAUAAGUGUUUUAUUAACGUAUUUUAUACAACAAUUUAUAAACGCUUUUAUACUUAAAAGAAUAAAACUCUCACACAUAUGUCUCGUUUUGCAAGAAAUACUAUAACCGACAAUUGGAUCAAAUACGAGGAUGAAAAGACACACGAAGAAUCCCGACAAGUAAAGGUCAACCAAACGCAUCCCGAGAACAAAAGGAAAAAUGGAAAAUACACCAAAGGGGUGAAAGCCGCCCGGCUUUCACCAAAACCGGUCGGUUUUCACCAACCAGCCAUCCAGUUGCCGUCCGAAGAUGAAGGAAAAGCAUCCGGAGCAAAAAAGACGAAAGCCGCCCGGCUUUCAUGAAAGGCGCCCGGCUUUGGGCGCCGUGGAAUUUAUUCAGCAAAUCGAACCAAAAGCCGCCCGGCUUUUGGCGAAAGCCGCCCGGCUUUCGGUCCCUGGAGCGGAGAAGCCUGUUUUAAACUCGCAAAAGCCGCCCGGCUUUUGCGAAAGUCGCCCGCCUUUCGCCUGGAGCUGAUUAAAACAAGCAACGGUCAUCACAAUCAUUCGGGCAAAAUACCAAAUCCCAUUACGGAGCUUGCUUCCUUGUCCGAAAAUGGUCGUUGAGAACUCAAUAUUUAAGAGGAUUGAAGCCCUCUCAAGAGAUUAUUCCAUAUUCUACACACUUUACUUCUACUUUGGCAUCCCAAGAGCAACCCCUUGGUCUUGGGAGAAGUUCUACACUUGGGGAAAGCUUUAUCCACCAUAGCUUUGGAGUUGUGGUAUCAUUUUCUUAUGUAUUUCAUUGUAUUUUAUCAUUUCAAUACUUGUAAUUUCAUUAUCAAUUGUUCUAGCUAAUUUUCUAUAGCCAAGGUUAGGGAUGAAACUUUACGCACUCUAGGUGUUUGAUGUAUG